UAUUGAUAAUAUAGUGUGAAGUGUAAAAAAACUUUAAAACAACUCUAGAUUGUUUUUUGAUUACUGUUUAUAAUAUUAACUGAGAAAUUAUACCAUUAAAUUGUUAUAUGAUUUUUUUUUAAAUGUAAGCAAAUGAAAUUUAGAAAAAGUGCAACAUAAUAUACAAAAUUAAUUAAGUGUUUGAAUUGAAUUUCUAUUAUGUUAUCAGGAAGAGGAGUUGGUUUACCAGAUAAUCCUUUGGGUGUAUCUUGGCAUGAUAGUAAUUGGAUCCCUAUUCUUAAUUCCAACAAUGUUUUGGACUACUUUUCAGAACGUAGUAAUCCUUUUUAUGAUCGCAGUUGUAAUAAUGAAGCAAUCAAAAUGCAACGGCUCAGUAUGGAUAAUUUAAGCAACAUGGUUGGUUUGGAAUAUUGUCUUCUUCAUGUACAAGAACCAAUUUUAUAUGUUGUACGUAAACAACAUAGACAUUCUCCUUCUCAGUCAACACCAAUUGCUGAUUAUUAUAUUAUUGCUGGAACAGUGUAUCAAGCUCCCGAUCUAUUGACUUUUAUCAACUCGCAUAUGAUGUCAUCAGCAUACCACCUAGAAACUGCAUUUGAAGAGUUAAAUUCUUUAGCGAGGUUUCAUCCAUCAAAAGGCUAUUCCUGGGAUAAUCGAAAAACAAAUUCAGGUGCAGUUGCUGCUCCACCUCCAUCUCCAGUUAAAGUUCCUACUAAGAGGGACAGCGAAGAAUCAAGUUCUCAAUUUCAACGACUUAGAGUAGAUAUGUUACUGGUUGAAUUAACAAGGAAAUUUCCUUUACCAUUACCUCAAUCACUUGUACCAGCAUCUACCAAUAGCAACAAUAAUGCCAUACCAAACGAUGUUAAUAAAGUAGAGACUAAGAAAGAAGUGAAACAAGAAAAUAUUUCAGAUACUAAUGUAAAACAUGAAUUCCCAUCUAUAAAUUCAUUGUCUCCAACUAUGCGACCACCUCCAGAAAAGAAAUUCAAGCCUUCAUAAUCAAACAAUAGUAAUAAUAAUUGGGAAUUAGAAUAUGAAUACUAUUGUGAAGUUUAUGUAUGUAUAUAUGUAUAUAUUAAGUUUAUGUUUUGUAAUUUAAGUUACAAUUUGUUUUCCUAAAUAAAUUAAUAUUUUAAUUGUCAAUAAAUGUUAAAUUUUACAAGUA